AAAAAAUUCUGAACCAAAAGAUGGUGGAUCUGGCCUGAGUGAUAAACCAUCCAUAUAUGAAUCACAACCACUACAAGUUAAACAAUGACGUCUUUAUUUUAAUAAUUCAGGAUUACAGAAAUCUAACAUCUAUGCAAACACUACACUCUAUUAGAAAAUAAACAUGAGGUAAACUAAAUGACUAGUUUUAAAGAAAAAGAAUAAAACCCUAAGCGUCCAUUUAACUGGCUUCUGAGAUUGUCCAAGAUAGGCCAGAUGUUAAUACAUUCACUAAUGUCCGAUUGGAAUAGCAGCAGGUAUGAGGAUAACAGUGCAAUUAAAACAGCAGGUGGAAUAGCAGCAGGUAUGAUGAUAAAAAAGUGCAAUUAAAACAACAUAAAAUACAUUCAUCUUAAAUGAUAAAUGGUUAAAAUGCAUUAACAGCAGCAGAAGAUGUUCAUUAAGCAAAGCGGCAUCAACAGGGCUCUGUGUGUGUGUUGUGUGUGUGAGACCCCCGUUUUCGUAUGAUGAAAGGGAGGAGGAAGGGGGGGCAGCUUGUAACAAUGGGCCUGAAACACGUGACCACACGCGGUUUAAUGUGAGCAAACUCUCUAUAAACUACCUUAAAGUAGAAACAGAAGGAAAGCAGGAUAGAAAGAAAGGAAGAAAGAAAUAUGCAGCUUUUCACAGCACACUUAUUUGGACCGUUAAACCAGAGUUCUUAUAACCAGCACAGAUUACACAUCAGCAUUAAUUACAGUUUCUCCUAUCUGCCUGCUUGGCCAAGAGCAGCACCUCAUUAAAGCAUCAAAUGGAAAAGUGGAUGGGUUUUAAUUUGAGACAUCUUCCAGUCCGGGAUGGAGGCGGGGGACACGCGGUUCGAUCUCAGCUCGAUGCGGGUCCGUCUCACCAAGGGUCUGUUCUCGGAAAAAGUUAAAACAGGGACCCCUUCAAGGUGUACCCUGUUUUUCACCCCUUGCAGGGGAUAGGCGCCUGCCCUCCACCACCCUAAAAAAGAAGAUAAUCAUGGAAACUGUAGAACUCAUCUUGGAAACAUGCUCAACCAUCUACCGAAGGGCUGAGAAUGUGAAGGUCUACAAAGACCGCUGUGAUCGAGUCGCCCAAAGAGUUAAAACCCUUGAGAGACUUGUUAAGGCAAUCAAAGAAAAGGAACCUGAUCAGAUCACUCCUAUGGUUUCCCAUUGUUUGUUGGAAAUCCUAAUGACUCUAAAAGAAGCAGAAGAACACAUAACAAAAUUCACCAGGUCAAAUGCUAAUAGAGGCCAAGUUAAGUCUAAAGACUGUGAUGAAAAGUUCAGUAAGAUAAAUGAAAAACUAAGCGAUAACUUCCAGGUUCUGUCAGGGGCACUACAGCUUGACCAGAAAGAUAUGCUCCAUAAAAUGAUCCGUUCUAUGUCACUUGAUGAAAGCCCGAAAUUACCAUCACCUUCACCUUCCCAAAUGUCACCACCCUACCCUACAGGACCAACGUUUCCUAAUUCUCCUCAGCCCAGUCAGCCCACCGCCCCUCUGCCUCCUCAACCACUGCAGAUUGGGUUCAGUGUCCCUCUACCACCUCAACAACAGCAGUUCAGGCCCAAUGCCCCUCUACCCCCUCAACAACAGCAGUUCAGACCCAAUGCCACUCUACCCCCUCAACAACAGAUGUACAGACCCAGUGCCACUCUACCCCCUCAACAACAGCAGUUCAGACCCUAUGCCACUGUACCCCCUCAACAACAGCAGUUCAGGCCCAAUGCCCCUCUACCCCCUCAACAACAGCAGUUCAGACCCUAUGCCACUCUACCCCCUCAACAACAGCAGUUCAGGCCCAAUGCCCCUCUACCCCCUCAACAGCAGCAGUUCAGACCCAAUGCCCCUCUACCCCCUCAACAGCAGCAGUUCAGACCCAAUGCCUAUCUACCCCCUCAACAGCAGCAGUUCAGACCCAAUGCCCCUCUACCCCCUCAACAGCAGAUGUUCAGACCCAAUGCCCAUCUACCCCCUCAACAGCAGCAGUUCAGACCCAAUGCCCCUCUACCACCUCAACAGCAGCAGUUCAGACCCAAUGCCCAUCUACCCCCUCAACAGCAGCAGUUCAGACCCAAUGUUACUCUACCACCUCAACAGCAGCAGUUCAGACCCAAUGCCCCUCUACCCCCUCAACAACAGCAGUUUAGGCCCAAUGCCCCUCUACCUUCACAACCACAGCAGACUAGGCCCAAUGCCCCUCUACCUUCACAACCACAGCAUUCUAUGCCCAAUGCCCCUCUACCUUCACAACCACAGCAGCCUAGGCCCAAUGCCCCUCUACCUCAACAACCACAGCAGUUAAGUCCCGCAGCCCCUUUACCUCCCCAAGAACAACAGUUAAGUCCCGCAGCCCCUCUACCUGCCCAAGAAGAAAAGAUAAGUCCCGCAGCCCCUUUACCUCCCCAAGAACAGCAGAUGAGUCCCGCAGCUUCUCCACCUCCCCAAGAAGAGCAGAUAAGUCCCGCAGCCCCUCUACCUCCCCAAGAACAGCAGAUAAGUCCCACAGCCCCUCAGCCUUCUGGAACCCAAUAGUUUAUCUGUAAAAUACCAUAUUAAAACCCGACUGCUUCUUUGCCUCCCCAAGCACCACGGUUCACACCCCCAACAUUGAAGGUUUUCCCCACCAUUGAAAUGUUCAACCCUUCAACUGCUUUGCCAGUCUGCUCCAUCAUAUCUCCCAUGUCAGGUUCUAUAUCGAGUGAAACAUUAUAUUGUCAAUAAACCCACAGUUCAGGGAAGGUCAGAAAAUGUUUGAAUUAGUAAAUGGACACAACUUUUGUAUUAGUCACCUGAUACACUAGAAUAUGCAGUCACUCAUUCACACGCUUAAUCAGUACCAGCGGGUAACUUAGGUUUCAGUGUCUUCAGUAUGUGGCAAGAUGAGGCUAAAGUGAAACUCUUGACAGACCAUUCUCAGAGAUUGUUGUUGUUGAACUACUAACUAAUGAUUUUAUCCUAAAAGAGCAAUGAAUAAAACAUUCACUGUAAAAUCAGCCAGAAAAUCCUUGUAGUUUGUCGCCCAGGAUUAAAAUAACAUUCUCUAUAAAUAAUUGGUCUUCUACAUCAACAUCUUAGUUUAUCUCUUUUCAAACCUAAAGGUACGAUGCAGAACUACUUUGAUGUAGUCCAUAGUUGGUGUUUGUCUUGGUUCCUAAGCCAGUCUGAUAAAAGUUUCCAGGGUUUCUACAACAAAGAGCAGCACUUAGUGUGUUUUGUUUGUUGACUUUGUUGACUGUCUGAUUGUAGAUUGGAUGCCUGCUUGGUUAUAAAUAACGGGGUACGCAAAGGAGCAUCAUUGCAUGAGCAGCUACAAGCUACAUUACUUCCAAUCCAAUCAUAGAGUACUCAGUAGUUCAUAAACUUUAAUAUAGGUCUUUGCCAAUGUUUUGUUUUCCUGGAUAAUGUUGUAAAGAAGAAGAACAACUGUGAGUUGUUUUACAAAAAUAAAUCUUCUGUAUAUAGUAGCUGA